GAUAACUAUUUGUUGAUUGAAUUUUUAAAGUUACACCCCCUCCCCCCCGGUUAUUUCUUCUUGUUCUGGAGAUCCCUAGUUGAAUGCUUCUGAGAGCUUUUUAGGGUGGUUAUUUAUCUGGUAGGUGGGUGGCGGUACUAGGUGUACUGACGGUGUCUCACCUUCUAUUUACGGGUGAUAGCGUCUUGUUCUGUAAUGCUAAAGUUGACAUAAUCUGUGUAUGAGGUCUUUGCUUCUUGGUCUUGAGGCUUUAUCAAUUGUAAAAGUUAAUUUGGGAAAGAGUUAGUCCCAGCUGGGGAAGCUGAAGAUGUGGAGGAGUUGGUGGACUUCUUGUGUUGUAAGUUGGCAUCUUUACCCAUGAACUAUCUUGGUUUUCCCUUGGGAUCUUUUUUUAAGGUUGCUAUGGUGCGCAGUUUGGAUCUGAAAGAAUGGAGAAAAGAUUGGCUGGAUGGAAGAAAUUUUACUUGUCUAAAGGUUGGAGAAUCUCCAGCAGGACCUUAAAUGAUGUGGGUCGAAUGAAGAAUCUAAGUUUCACUUGGUGCAAUGGAAUAUGGUGUACUCCUCUGAGGUACAGGGGGUUCAGGGUGAGGAAAAUUGAAUACUUCUAAUCAAGCUCUAUUGGAUAAAAUGGUUAUGGCACCUUGGUGAGGAGAGGAUCAUUUUUGGAGACAUAGGCAUGGGGUAAAUGGACUUCUCAAGAGUAGUGGAGGCCUUAUGAUUGUUGUCUUUGGAGAAGUAUUUGUGUUGGUUGGGAUAGAUACUUUGGUUUUGUUUCUUUCGGGGUAGGAGAUGGAAGGCAGAUUUGGUUUUGACACAAUGUAUGUUGUGAGAAGCAAGCUUUAAAUUAAAUGAAGCGUUCCUUGAUUUGUUUUUGGUUACUAAGAACAAGGAUGCUUCUGUGUUCACUUAUUUAGAUUAUUUGGAUUCCACGAGGGUUGAUGGGCUUUGUGUUUGGAAUCUCAUAUUUUUUUGGGCUUUUCUAUAAUUUGGGAGUUGGAACUUGUUGAUUCUCGUAUGUCCAUACUGUAUUCUAAUACAUUGGUGGCUAUUGAAACUAAUUGUUUGAGAUGGAAGCUGAACCGUGAUAGAAAUUUAGUGUUCACUCUUACUGUAAAGCGUUAAGAGUUUCUAAUAGGGAGCAAUUCUGAUGUAGAUCGAGACGUGUGUAAUUUCCUAAGGAAGAUAGGAACAGAGGUAAGUGUUAUCUCGAAUAAUCUUUCUGAAAAGCGAUCGGGGAAGAAGCGAUUGGGAUCGAAAUCAGAAGAAGUGAUCCGUGAAUCAAUUGGCGAUUGGGGAUCGAGGUUGAGAGAAGUGAUCCUUGAAUCAAUAACCGAUUGAGAAACGGUUAGCGUAUUAAAGACUAAAUUUGAGAAUCUAGCACAUUAAUGAUGAAACUUCCAAAAGAGUGGAUUUUUCUUUUAAUGAUGAAUUUAUUAGAGAAUUUAAUUAGCUAGCGUAUCCACUACUGAUUUCUCCAAGUAUAACUAUGAUUUAUUUUAAUUGUCCUUUUCCUUUUUUGAUUAGUUUUCCUUUGGCCCCAAGUAAUCUUGCUACUAUAAAUAUGUAGCUUGCGUUGUAAUAAGGUUGUUGACUUUUGUUUUGAUCAGUUUAUCCAUAAGAACUACUCAAAGUUGAGUUUUUCUCUUAUGUUGGCUCAAACCGUAGAUAGAAUCUAGGUUUUGAGAAGUGUUGUGAGUCGUUUGUUUAUCUUUGUGAUCUAGGAUGUUACGCUGCAUCAGUUGGUAUCAGAGCCCAAGUUACUUUCCAUGGCGCCACCAGGACGCGGAAGGGGUGUGCGCUUUGCAAACUUGAACAACGUGCAUGAACGUGAAGAAGCAACACGUGAGGAGCAACAUGUGGUAUGUUUGCAGCAAAUCAUGGAGAAGCCUUUAGAUGAGCGAUUUGAGCGAAUUGGGGCCGGGAUCCACGCCCAAAUUAGAGCUCUUGCUGAUUAACUUGCCAACAUGAACGACACAAAUGGUCAUCGCCGUCAACCAAAUCCACACUAUGUGGAGGAGGAAGACGAGUAUAGUGUUGGGAGUGAACCUGUCAACCCUUUUUCGAACCGUGGAGUGGGGAGGGAGUACCCCAUAGGGAAAACUCAUGCUAAUCAAUGGGAGGCGGGGUUCAAACAUACAAGAGUUCCAAGGUAUCUUGCAACCUAAAAAAUUCCUUGAUUGGGUAGCUGCUGUAGAGGAGGUCUUAGACUUCAAGGAGGUGCCUAUUGAUUGACGGGUCUCUGUAGUAGCAAUCAAAUUUCGAGGAAGGGUUGCUGCAUGGUGGCAGCAACUGCAGCAAACCAGAGUGCGGUAGGUAAAGACAAAGAUCAAUAGUUGGGAGAAACUAUUGAAAUACAUGCGGGCCACAUUCUUGCCCCAUAAUUAUGUGCGGAUCAUGUACCAACAAUUGCAGAAUUUAAGACAGAUGUCACACUCUGUGGAUGAGUACACAUCGAAAUUCCAUAUGCUAGUGGCUCGUGUAGACUUGCAAAGGGAGAAGAGCAGCAAGUGUCGCAAUACAUUGGAGGUAUGCGACAACAAUUCCAGGACUUAUUGAACUUCUUCGAUCCCGUCAAUGUAUCAAAGGCACACAAAAAGGCCUUGCAUUUAGAGAAGACAAUGUCCCAAAAACCUUUGGGGUUAUGUGGAGGGGGAGGAGGCAACAAUAAGUCAAUUAUACCGCCUGCAGCUCGUAGCCCCAAUCACCCUUCAACACAAACUAGGGGACCACCUAGGGGGCAGUCCUCUAGAACGGCCUCAACUAGUGCUCCAAAAUGUUUCCAAUGUGGAGAGUCGAGGCAUAGGAUGGCAGAUUGCCUCAAGGGAGAGAAGUAUGGGAAGGGUUUGCUUGUUGAUUCCGGCGAGCCCGUGAAUGACUCCACAGGGGAGUAUGACCAAGGUGCUAAUUUUGACAACGAAGGCAAAGAGAUUGUCAUUGGAGAUGAAGGUCCUCUACUGGUAGUAAGAAGGGUAUGUCUCACGCCACGUAAGAUGGAAGGCGAUGAUAGGUGACGCCACAACAUCUUUCACUCCACGUGCACCAUGGGGGGAAAGGUAUGUGAACUCAUCAUUGACUCAUAGAGUUGCGAGAAUGUGGUUUCGGAGGAAGCAGUCUAAAAUCUGGACUUUUGCAAAACACCUGCACCCUACCAAUUGGAGUGGAUCAAACAAUAACAUUUUCCAAACAUUGUCUCAUAUCGUUAUCCAUUGGAACAAAGCAUCGGGAUAAGGUAUUGGUGUGAUGUGGUUACCAUGGAUGCCUGUCACUUACUAUUGGGAAGACCAUGACAAUAGGAUCGGGCAACCCUACACGAUGGGAAGGAGAACACGUACAACUUUGUGUUUAGUAACGUGAAAAUCAAGCUUUUACCGAAGACAGAGGUGGAGCAAAGACCUUCCCACAGGAGAUACCAAAACCCUCUUAGCCAAAAAAGAAUUCGUCGAAGAGAUGUUGGAUUCGGGUAUCAUAUACGUAUUGCUAGGCAAGGAAAGUAGCCAAAGUGGAGUAGUACUGGAAUCGGUCAAGGGGUUGUUGGAAGAGUUUGCUGACGUAUUCCCGAAACAGUUGCUAGAGGAGCUACUUCCGUUGAGAGACAUCCAGCACCUACUAGAUUUGGUACCGGGGUCCAACUUGCCCAAUCGGCCUCAUUUCCGCAUGAGCCCGAAGGAGCUUGAAGAACUACGUCGACAAGUAGAAGAACUGUUGACUAGAGGCCAUAUCUGAGAAAGCCUGAGUCCUUGUGCAGUCUCUGCCUUGCUCACACCUAAGAAGGAUGGUUCUUGGCGGAUGUGUGUGGUUAGACCAAGUUAGUGGAGCUACAAUCUUCACAAAACUUGAUUUGAAGAGCGGGUAUCAUCAGAUUCGGGUUAGGCUGGGUGAUGGAUGGAAGACCGCGUUUAAGACACGAGAAUGAUUAUAUGAAUGGUUGGUGAUGCCAUUCGAAUUGUCUAAUGCCUCUAGUACAUUUAUGCGGGUGAUGAAUGAGAUUUUUUGACCAUUCAUUGGGAGGUUUGUGGUGGUGUAUUUUGAUGUUUGAUCUACAGUAUUAAUGAUCGAUAACAGUUCCAACAUCUUCGAGAAGUACUUUCGGUGUUGAGAAAAGAGAAGCUUUUUCGCGGCAAUUGCCAAGUGCUCAUUUAUGAGGGACUUGGUUUUGUUCCUAGGUUACGUGGUGUCAAAGGAAGGGCUUUUGGUGGAUGAAUCCAAAGUUGUAGCGGUAAAAAACUGGCCCAUUCCCACUACAGUACAUGAAGUGCGAAAUUUUCAUGGGCUGGUGCCUUUCUAUCUAUGCUUUAUUCACAACUCUAGUAUGAUCGUGGCACCAAUUACUGACUGCAUGAAAGGAGGGAGAUUUUUGUGGAGUAAAGAAGCGACUGACGUUUUUGAAGUCAUUAAGGUGAAAUUGACCAUGGCACCAUUGCUUGUAUUGCUGGAUUUCACUCAACCUUUCGAGUUACAUUGUGACGCACAGAGGUUGUUGGUAUUGAUGCAAUGUUGAGUUAGAGUGGGAAACCGGUAGCCUAUUUCAGUGAGAAGUUGAGCAGGUCGAAGCUCAACUACAACACCUAUGAUGUGGAAUUUUAUGCAGUAGUACAAUCCUUGAAGCAUUGGAGGUCAUACCUAGCCUAUAUUGAAUUCAUCUUGUAUUCGGAUCAUCAGGUGUUUAAGCAUCUGAAUAGUCAGAACAAACUUUCCUCGAGCCAUGCCCCGUGGGCUGCUUAUGCACAACAGUUUUCAUUCACUAUCAAACAUAAAUCUGGAGCUUUGAACAAAGUGGCAGAUGCUCGCAGUUGGAAAUCACUGCUAAUAACUUCAAUGAAGAUGAAGGUACUUGGCUUUGAAUUUGUAAAAGAUGCAUUAUGUAUUGACCCGUUUUUUGGUCCCCUCAAUAACGAGGUGAUUGAGAAUCAGAGUUAUUAUCGCCUCCAUGAUGGAUUUGUCUUUAAAAGAACUCAAUUUUGUGUUCCUGAGGGUAGCUUGAGAUUGAAAAUAAUCCAAGAGCUGCAUAACGAAGGGCAUAUGGGUCGGGACAAGAUGUUCAAAUUGGUGUUCGAUCAGUUCUAUUGGCCAAGUAUGAGGAAGGAAGUUGAGAGAUUUGUGAGUGGCUGUCGAAUUUGCCAAGUAUCUAAGGGAACUACUACUAACACAGGGUUGUAUAGGCCACUUCCUAUUCCAGAGGGUUCCUGGACUAAUGUGAGCAUGGAUUUUGUGUUGGGAUUAUCGAGGACACAAAAGGGUAAUGAUUCCAUCUUUGUGUUGGUUGAUCAAUUUUCUAAGAUGAUUCAUUUUAUUGCCUGCAAGAAAAUGUCUGAUGCUGUCAAUGUGGCUCAGUUGUAUUUCCGAGAGGUCUACCGACUUAACGGGUUACCAUUGUCCAUAGUUUCCGAUCGGGACACGCGAUUCUUGAGUCAUUUUUGGCGAUGCUUAUGGAGGAUGGCCAAUUCCAAGCUUGAUUUUAGCAAUGCCUAUCAUCCUCAAAUUGAUGGGCAAACAGAGGUCAUCAAUCAUUCGUUGGGAGCUUUGCUUUAGAGUUUAGUUGGCGAACAUCUCAGAUUUUGGGAUCAUAAGUUGUUUCAAGCUGAAUUUGCCUAUAACAGGUCAACUAAUCAGAGUAUAGGGUGUAGUCCUUUUAAUAUUAUUUAUGGGGUUAAUCCUCGAGCACCGAUCGACUUGGCACUUGUUCUUGACUUGAAGUGAGUACAUGCUAAGGUUGAAGAUUUAAUUGCUCGAAUACAAGAGGUCUAUCGGAUGACUAAUCAGAAUUUGCAAGAAUCCAAUGCGAAGCACAAAGCUAGUGCGUAUAAAAAGAGGAGAGCUGUAGAAUUCGAUGAAGGAGAUUUCGUGUGGGCUGUCUUAACUAAAGAUUGAUUUCCGGUGGCAGUGUAUAUCAUCAGAAGUGUGCAUUUCACUCAUUUCACUCUGUCGCCGUUCUCCUUCUUCCCCUAUUGGCGGCGUGUGAAUGCGCAUCCCACUAGGGUUCCAUUUCAUUCUGCUCUCUAGAGGAUGGCUAUGGAGAGGCGGUUUUUUGUGGAGGCCAAAACUUUCUUCUUCUUGAUGGAGGAAGGUAAGUCUAUGCUCGGAAUGGAGGAGAGAAGGAAAGGCUUCUUUGGGGUUGUACUCUUAGGUUUGCAGUGUACUGCUUGGGUUGUUAUAGCGGGGAAGGAGGGCUUUGGGGUCUCAGGGGGACGCUGAUUUUGUCAAAUCCUUCUGGGAAGAUUCGAAGGCUUGGAUUGUUUAGAAAGACUGUAAUAAGGCUAGUCGCUUCUUGGUGCUGGCGGUCUAUGCAGUGGGUGGCCGGAGAAGAUUCAUCUUGUUCUCGGAGGGACGAUGAGGGCGGGGCUAGAACAGAGUGGUUGAUGAGUUGUGUAAGGUGGUGGUUUUCUGGAAAACACGUCUGGGUCUUCUCUCGAUGGUGUGUUGUCUCCGGUGGAGAAGAAGGAUGGGAAGAAGGAUUUGGGUUUGAAGGUUUCCUCUUCAGGGUGCUCGGGUGGGGCUUGGCGCAUGGUGGUGGUGCUCUACUGUUGUUCGUGGAGGUGGUGAGGUUAGAGUCUAGUCGUCUUGUCAAGCUGCGAGUUCCGUUGGUUGAGAUGCUUGAACUUGAUCUUCUCCCAAUGGUGACACCAAAAGACUCGGAGGAGGCGAGAAUGGCGCUGGACUGCUUUGUGAUGGAGAAGAAACCACCGGUUAAGGACUUGCCACUGAAUCCGCUGGGCAAGGAACAUCCAGCACGUGUUCUCUUUGUCCAAGGCACACCAAGAUUAGCGAGGAAGAUAUUGCCUCACUUGAAUCUGCGUAUGUGGAGGAAUCUUCUAAUGAGGAUGAUGGGUUGGGUUGUUGGGUCAUUGCUGAAUUGUUCGUUUGCUUUCGGGUUGGGUCUAAAACCCACUUUCAGUUUUAAAGGUUUUCGUCUAGGCCGAGUUAUGACAAACCCCAAAUCAAAGAAGCAGACUGAGGUUACGGGUCCAGGACUCCCUUUGGAUCCUUUAGUGGGUAUUGAGUUUUGUUUGGGUUUUGGGUCUUCAUCGGGUCUUCAAUGGCUGGAGGUGACGACGGCAGUUGCCCUCGGUGGUAGGUUGAUUGCUUCGACCAAUUCUGAGUUGUUUGAAGGCGCCGAAGAUACUCUUGCGAGGCCGUUUUUCUUUCCUCCUGAAGGCGCUAGCUCUUGCUUGAACAUGUCGUCCGCCACUGCUCUGUCUUCGGCCUGUUUCCAAGGGAUUUGCAAGAUGGGCGGUCGAAGUUGCGCCUUCUCUUCUGUUGCUAGUAGGGUCUAGGCCGGAUUCUUCUGUUUCAAAGUCCCCUGUGCACGCCUCCUCUCUCAUGCAAGCCUCUGCGUUUCCAGGUAUUUCAUUGCCAACAAUCUCUGGUCUUGUUUUGACAUUUUCUAGGUCCCCUUUUGCAAUAGCCCCCUCUACCUCUGCUCCAUCGCUAGAAGCAGUAAGUGUCCCUUUUGGGUGCUUUUCAAGAGCUGGUCAAAAUGUGGAUGUGGCUGUUAAGGUGGACUCAGAUACUAAGGAGUAUUCUUCAACGCUCAACUUCUCUGAAGUUGGGUUAGAUUCCUUCGCUGCCUCUUCUUUAGGGUGCGGUUGCGUUGGAUGAAAGGCUUCGUUUUCUUUUCCAGUAAUGUCAGAGUGUGGGGCUUCCCAUCUACCUGUCGAAGUCCAAAUCGAUGUCGAGAUAUCACUGAAGAUCAAAGGUAGGCAGAGGUGCUCAAAUGAAUGCUUCUCUAAUUGACGAGGUUGUGACAGCUAUCAAUGCUCUGUCGGCGCCGUCUUUCGGUGCUUUUUCUCUGGCCUUGGGCGGCAUCAUGGUCCAGUCCUCACCAAAGCCAGGUGGGUGAGUGGUUAGAAAGUCUCCUCCAUCUAGUCUUCUUCAGCGAGGCUUUCUUCUCUAAAGUAUUCCUGGGGUAGCAACUCAUUUCUCGCCUAGAGAUGAGGUGGAAGGGGUUCCCUUCCUUUUGGGUGGUUGCGUUACUCCAAUCCCUAAAAAGGGUGUGGAUUUUUGGUUAGACGGAUUGAUCCAAUCUCAGAAGUGGCCGAUAGGUUUUGGCCCGUUUGGGAGAUUGUUGUGUGGGAUCAGGACGAUGAGGUUUGGGUUGGUGAGGAUGGAGACUCCCCUCACCCUUUGGGUGUUUGUCCUCCCGACAUGCCCUCGGAUUGGUCGUUGGAUGGUGAUGAGGAUGAAGAUCCGUCCUUCACGAUUUUGGAUGCCAUUGAAGAGGAUUUCCAUUGGGUAGCAAAGGCUGCGCGCCUUAAGAUCAAAGGUAUGAGGGAGGUGUUGAAUCUGAAAAGCUCCAUUAACUACGAUGAUGCAAGCGUGCCCUCACAGCGAAGAAAAGGCAAGGCUCGCGUGCUGUAGCGUUGAGUAUUCCUUGUGGGUUUCGGGUUUGAGAGCUUAGGUCCUUGUAGGUUUGUUUGGUUUUCUUUUGUGGGCUGGUUUGAUUGUUCAUGUGUAUACUUCUUGGUUUCUUUUCUUAUUUAAGAAAAAAAAAAGAAAAAAAAAAAAAAGAGAAAAGUUAGCUGCCCGCAAGAUUGGCCCAAUAGAAAUUAUUUAGAAGAUCAAUUUUAAUGCUUAUCGGCUAAAACUCCCAAGCAACAUUCAAAGAUCUAACGUUUCAACGUUAAACAUCUCGUUCCCUUCACUGGUGAUUCUUCUGAUGAGGACUUGAAUUUGAGGGCGAAUUCUCUCAAACUUGGGAAGGAUGCUGUAGAUUGGGACGCGUGUAAUUUCUUAAGGAAGAUAGGAGCAAAUGUAAGUGUUGUCUCGAAUAAUUUUCUGAAAAGCGAUCAGAUGAUAUGCAAUUGGAUGAGAAGCGAUCGGGGGAGAAGCGACUGAGAUCGAAAUCUGAAGAAGCAAUCCGCGAAUCAAUAGGCGAUUGGGGAUCGAGAUUGAGAGAAGCGAUCCUUGAAUCAAUAACCGAUUGAGAAAUCUGUUAGAGCAUAUUAAAGACAAAAUCCGAGAAUCUAGCGCAUUAAAACUUCCGGAGGAGUGGGUUUUUCUUUUAAUGACGAAUUUAUUGGAGAAUCUAAUUAGCUAGCGUAUCCUCUACCGAUGUCUCCAAAUAUAACUAUGAUUUGUUUUAAUUGUUCUUUUCCUUUGGCCCCAAGUAAUCCUGCUUCUAUAAAUAUGUAGCUUCCAUUGUAAUAAGGGAGUUGAAUUUUGUUUUGAUCAGUUUAUCAAUAAGAAAUACUAAGAGUAGAGUUUUUCUCUUAUGUUGCCUCAAACCUUAGAUAGCAUCUAGGCUUCGAGAAGUGUUGUAAGUUUCUUGUUGUUUAUCUUUGUGAUCCACGACGUCACGCUGCAUCAAAUUCCCGUGGAAAAGUAUUUGGUUUUUAAAUAUGGACAGCUGCUUAGAGUAAAAUCUUAAAUUGUGGAUAAUCUCAUCAAGCAAAAUAUUAUUACUGUAUAUUAUUGUUGCUUGUGUAAAGGUAAAGGUGAAUCUGUUGAUCAUCUACUUCUACAUUGGGUUUAGUGGGUGAUGCCGAAGAAGCUGGUUGACGUCUAAUUUAGCUGGAAAAAAUUGUUUGGUUGACAUAAGUAUACUUUUAUGUGGAAUACAACUCCUCUUUAUUUUAUGUGGAUGAUAUGGAGAGAAACGAAUAAUCAUACUUUUGAUGGUGUUGAGAAACCAUUUUUGAGAUUAAAUCUGAUUUCGUGCUUGCACUAAUGAAGAACUGUAAUCGUCAGGGCCUCUUUUCCUUCUUUUAUUGAUUAUGCGGAUCACAUAUUU